AAUAAUAAAGUAUCUACACAUUGAAUACAUGUGCGGCUCACAUUCUAUGCAACGUUGCAUGAUGGCCCAGCCCUGUCCAGGCAGCGAAUCGGCAUGAAAAGGCGGGGUGGGGAGUCGGACUAUAGCUUCACCACUGGGCAAGAGCACCACCACGGUGUACUUGUACACUCAAUGAACAAAAUCAAUGAAAAUUAAUUAUCCUAUCAAUUCAUGACUGCUGCUGAUGUGGUAAACGUAUUUAAAAAUCUUGUUAUUGACACCAAAAAUGAAAAGCGCAGCCUAUAGGUCAUAAAAAUUAUUUCUAGCACCACUUGCACCAUCACAUUCUUAGACAUUUACAUACUGCGAUAUUGCACGUCAUCAUCAUUAUAAUUAAAACAUAAAUAGCACUUAUUUUAGUUUAACUGUUGUGGCCAACAUUCAAACAUUUUGUUGGUCACAGAGGUCGGGGCUAUCAUGCAGUGUCUUGGGGUGGGCUUCAUCAAUGACGACAUCAAUUUUUGUUCAGCUCUCGCCCAGACGGAAGUAUAAGUGAUGUGACGUCAUCAUUUUUUGCGCAGCCUUCACCCAGACGGAAGUACAGUUAUUGUGACGUCAGUGCAGGAAGCUGCGGAAACUAAGCAGCAUGGCGGGCCGUUCGAAACAGUAUGAUUUUAUCUUUGAUGGAGGUCUUAACUCUCAUACUCGUGCAUCUCUGGUUAUUGAAUUGAUCAAGUAUCUUCUGUACGAAAGAAACCAGAUUCCACUUCACUUUGAUGGUUUGAAGCAGCAAACGCAGAUUGAGGAGGUACAAAAUUCGCACAUCAACAGCAAAUAUCUCCAGACAGAAAGAAAAGCACAGGCGAUACUCUCAAGCCUCGAGGAUUUAUUUGUAAACAUUUUAAAGGCUUUUGAGACAUGUCCUGAAAUUCAGCAGGCUCUUGUGCUGCUUGGAAGUACCACUGCAACCCCAAAAGAAGUGUAUGUUGUAAAUCUCCCAAGCCUGUGUCCAGAAGCAAACCAUGUUUCACUUAAGUCAUGUAAACAAGCUUUCUUCCGCCACAUUGUAGCAGAGCAGAUUUUGGCCAACGAAGCUGCCCUUGGGCCAACUAAUGUGAUGGUGAUGCUUCUUGCACCUACAACAGCUAUUCUGAAAGGGUUCGUGCCAAAGAUGUCAUUCAAGGUACCUUCCAGAGGGAUCUGUUUAACUCUGAACAUGAUUUGCAUGCAGCCACAUUCUUGCCAGGAACUCACCUUUGAUGGUUCAGAAGUCGAGAUAUCAGGUAUUGAACCACUUAAUAUUUCUUCUGCUGAAACCUUGGACCAUUCACUCAGUGCUACACCUUUGUCUUCAUGUUCAAGGCAGCACAGACAUACAUUUUUAAAAUUUCCCGUGGUAAAAAUGGAAAGAAAUCAUUUGUCCACACCUGGUAGUGUCAAAGCUGAGGAUUUUAAUCAUGUUCUAACUAAUGAUUGUGAAAUCACUGGUUCGGUUAAAGAAUUGAUGCUUCCUCAUACAGCUAGCACCCCUAAGCCUGGACAUUGCCAACAGCCUCCAAAUAGCAACUGUGCGCAGCAGAGCAGUAGUACAGAGAUACAACACCAGUGUAUUUGGUUUCAAUAUGCUACUGCAAUUAAAGGCUAUAGUGUGUAGGGGUUUCAGCAGAGUAGGUAUGAAUGUCUGCACAGUUAAGAAAUUGGUUAUGAUGACUGGAAACUUUAACCAUAUCAGAUAGUUUUACAGUGUUUUGUUUUAGUUGCAUGUAUAUAAAAGGUGCACAUGUUCCUGUUAGUGCCAGACAUCUUGAUUUUCAAAAUUUGAAACUUAAGGAGAUACUUGUCAACAGUGGACAUAGAAUAAACACAAGCUCUCAGUCUGCAGCUUGAUCUUGCACAUAAUCCAACACAUAUAUCCUUGUUUUGCAUGCUUGAACUCAACAAGACUGUAUAUCCGGUAAUUACCUAUCUGGACUGUGAUCUUAAUUAUAAAUUUAAUGAGGAUGAAAUUGAAUGAUGAUGAUAAUGAAAUUGAAUGAUGAUAAUAAUGAAAUUGAAUGAUGAAUGAAAAUAGUUCGUGAUAAAGGUAAAUACGGUGUGGCUUUGUUCAUGAAGAAAGUAUGUGUGCUCACAAAUAUAUCAUACUAAACUCAUUUGAACUGUAAGUCUACCUGAAUAAAAUUAAAACUAAUGACAUGGUGCCUGUAAAGUGUCACCACCAGUAGUUUUUCAUGACAAUGGUUUGUUUUAAGCUUAGGAAAGCCAGCCUACAACCGACUAUAAGUAGGAAAAAGUUUGCUUUUCAAAAAAUAUGCACUUUUUUUUUUCAAAUCAAGGCUAAUGCAAAAUGAAUGUCACAGCACUAACGAGUGUAAUGAGUGCUUACAUUGUCCUCUCUUGUGUUUGUUCAACCUGCAAUAUCAUUACUGUUACUCACCAAAGUGCUUGUUUAUUUUAUAUAACAAUAUGCUUGCGUAACAAGCACAUUUUCUUCAGGAGCAAUUUUUUAUGUUUAUACACAUUUCUUGUGAGCAAUCUUUCUUAAAUAUUAUGACCCAGAGUAAAACCUGUGAUGCUUUGUUAUCUCUUGUUACACCAUCACGUUCUCUUUGCCAGACAUUAAUUUCCAGAGUACACAAUGCAUAUUUAUAUGUAUGUGUAUGGGAAUAAAAAUAGAUUUACAGAA